AUGCCAUCCACCUUCGUCUGUCCCUCCUGUCGACGGGCCUUGCUCGAGCAGGCGAAGACUGCAUAUAGACAGCAUGGCGCCGUCAAGAGGCCCUACACCCGACCGAGCUUCGCUCCCAAGCCCACACCCAACCUGAAGCACAUCCGGCAGAAUCCAGGCUUAUACGAGCAGAACAGCGUGGACCGAAACUACGCACCGUACGCCAAGAACGGUUGGAAGAUACUCGAGCUGCAUGAAAAGCUGGUUACGCUUCAGCAUGAGGCUGUACGAUCACGACAGACAAUCAAUGGGCUUGAGAAGCAGCUGCAAGCCAAGCGGGCAGGCGGUCGGGAAGAUGGUAGCAGCACCAGUACUACAGAUACCCUGAUUGCAGAAGCCAAGGCUUUGAAGUCGGCCUUGGAAUCUCGAAUCGACGAAGAGCAGAGAUGGCGCGAGGAGAUGGACCGCCUUGCGCUCGAGUUGCCGAACUUGAGCAGCCUGCAGACACCUGUGGGCGAUCAGCCAAAGCUGCUAGGCCACAUCAACGGCGAAGCUCUGCCCACGCCCAAUCACAACAGAAGUCACGUGGACAUCGGUCGUGAGCUAGAUCUGCUGGACUUUGAGGCAAGCGCAGUGACAAGCGGCUGGGGCUGGUACUUCCUCAAGAAUGAAGCAGCCCUGCUAGAACAGGCAUUAAUCCAGUACGCCUUGUCUGUCGCACUGAAACGAGGCUGGCAAAUCAGGACGCCACCUUCGCUAGUCUACAGUCAUAUCGCGAGUGCCUGCGGUUUCAUGCCUCGAGAUCAGCACGGCGAAACCCAAAUCUACUCCAUCACGCAAGACGCCGAUGCGGCGAAGUCAAGCUUAGUGCUGGCGGGAACGGCAGAAAUCCCUUUCGCAGGCUCGCAAGCGAACAAUGUCCUCUCAGAGCAUGACCUACCUCUGAAAAUCAUCGGACCGUCACGCAGCUACCGCGCCGAAGCCGGCGCAAGAGGCGUCGACACCAAAGGUCUCUACCGCGUCCACGAAUUCACCAAAGUAGAAAUGUUCGCCUGGACCGCACCGCCUCCUUCCUUGUCCUCCUCGGACGACGGCGGUUUCGGCGGCGAAGAAGACACCCAAACCCAAGCGGAAGUCAUUUUCAACGAAAUGAUCUCCAUCCAAAUCGAGAUCCUCACCUCCCUAGGCCUACACGCCCGCGUCCUGGAAAUGCCAACAACCGACCUCGGCGCGAGCGCGGCACGGAAGAUCGACAUCGAAGCCUUCUUCCCUUCUCGCACGGGCAUUGAUGAUGGAUACGGCGAGGUGACGUCCGCGAGUAUAUGCACCGAUUAUCAAGCGCGGAGGUUGAAUACCAAAGUCCGGUAUGCGAAGGGUGACGUGAGACAGGCGUUUGCGCAUACGGUUAAUGGAACUGCGUUGGCUGUGCCGCGGAUUUUGGCGUGUUUGUUGGAGAAUGGGUGGGAUGAAGAAUCGAGGAGCGUAAAGGUUCCGGAGUGCUUGCGGAGGUGGAUGCCGGGUGAGAUUGCUACCAUUCGGGCGAGAAGCUAG